GUUGUGGGGACAAAAGUCCAACACAGUGUAAUAAAAACCUGUUUUUUAACAUUGUGGGGGGCAUUUUUAGGUCCCCACAAAGAUCUGUGAAUGCAAUCAAAAAACUAAAAAUGUCAAAAGUCUCGCAUUUUGUUUGGUUACUUAUAGUUAAGGUUAGGGCUGCGUAGGGAUUGAGGUUGUUAUGUUGGAAUUAGAGUUUUCCCGAAAGAAAUGAAUGAAGCAGGUAUACUUUACCUUAUGGGGACACAAUGUCCCCACAACAUGAUGAAUAUCCAAUUUUUCCCUUAUGGGGCCCAGUUUCCUGGUCCCCAUAAGGAAAAACUCCAUUUAAUAAACAUCUGUGACUGCAAUGAAAAAACUAAAAUUGCAAAAACUCUUGUAUUUUGCUUGGUUACUUAUGGUUAUGGUUAGGGCAGGGUGGAGGUUAAGGUUGUCAUAGUUAGCGUUAGCAUUUUUCCCAUAGAGUUAAUGAAGCACAACAUAAAGAUAUGUUUGCCCGACAUAUGCGUGUGUGUGCAUGUGUGUGUGUGUGUGCGUGUGUGUGUGUGUGUGUGUGUAUGUGUGUGUGUGUGUGUGUGUGUGUGUGUGUGUGUGUGUAAUGGAAUAUAUCUGGAUCCUAAGCUGAAAUAUUUCUUCGAUUGAUUGAUUCCUUUGGCCUGUGUGUUGCAUUAAGUCAUUCUGUUCAGCCUUGAACAUCUGUCCAUCCUUGUACCAUUUGAGAAUACGACAACUUCACCUCUACACAACACAUUCUCCCUUGUGUCCUUUUGCAAUAACUGAGGCUAGUGAGAUAUGGCUGAGAAAGAUUCCAGUGGAAAUAACACAAGCUACAGUCAUCUCUAGUCACUGUUCUGUUUUUCCAGGAGCUAAACUAACUCGCAAGCUUUCACUGGGGCCUGCAUUAACCCUUAAUGCAGAUCACGACGGGAAGCAAGGACACAAUGUAACAAAAGUGAAACAGACUGCUUCUUGUUCUCUAGUCAGAGAGCUAAGGCUUUUUUUUGGGUCUGUCAGUACCUGCAAUAUUAUAUUCAUGUCACUUAACUGGUACAAAAGAGGCCCUGGUUUAUAAAGUAAUUUCAACUAUAUUUGGUUCUUCCUUCUGCCAAACAUGUAUUGCAUAUGAACUGGUAGGGAAAAGUCGUGUCACACACGACUUCCAUGAUUUGCACAUCAGUAGUUUUGCAGCUAAUGAUGCAUGCAUUUGGUUACUCCUGCAGGAAGGUGCUGAAGCCCAAGUCGAUCUGAGUCUCUCCUUGAAAUGGACGCACAGUGUUUGCUCAUUUAAGUUUUUAACUCAAGCUAAACCCACAUAAUCUAAAUAUAAUUCAGGUAUUUUAAUUAAUUGUGUUACCAAGCCAAUAUUGACAGUCUGCAGACAUUUUUUGCAAGGAAGAAAAAAAUAAUCACACACCGCUUGUAGGAGGACUUAUGUUGGCAGAAUGAGCCAGUAGAGAUCGCUUAUCGCGGCGGCGGUACGAUAAGAGUCUGAGGAACAUCCGCAGUCGGUUAUUUCAAUAAAAAGAUGCCUGGCAAUCGUCUUUCUCCAGUUCUCUGCGCUAGACGAAAAGCACCAGCAACUCCCCCUAAUGUGCGACUCAGUGUUUAUCUACCCCUGGAAUUACAGAAUUUGCGAUUACCAGUCCUCUGUGUUUCAUGCCAGCUGCUCGACUUCCUCUCCGGCUCCCAUUUUCUCAAAAGGCAGUCAAUGUAUGUAGCUAGAGCUAAUGAAGAAUUACAAAUAUAUGCAUCUUAUGCAUGGACAUGCACACGCAUCGCGCAUAAAUUAUUAGCAGCCCAGUAAGUAUCUCAGGGCUGCCAACUCUCAGCAUCUGGCGUGACACUCAGGCUUUUAGACUGAAAAUCAAUAUUAUUCCAUUAUACGCCUAAAAUUAGCUACAUCAAAAGCGCUGGGGAGGCUUGCAAACCCUACAGACUAUUUGCCAGGUAAUAAAACAUACAUGCAUGUAAAUGCGUGUGCAGACUAGUCUCCAAUUGAAAAUCUCACUCGAGCCAUCUGACCACAGUUGGCAACCCUGGUAUCAGUUAGCUAGUUUUAUCCAUGAGAAGAAACAUCUGCUAGCUGCUACUACUAUUACCACCGCUAACAUAUUUGUGACUAUUCUCCAUAAUUCUCUCUCUAUCAACAAUGUCCCUUCUUCACCUUCUGUAUUCUAUAAUGGAGGACAUGCAAGCAUGACUGUCAGGGAGCCCAGGCUUAGUAGAUCAACAUGAAUGAUAUUAGGGAUGAAAAGCCAAACUCUUUGGAGUCACUGCAGCUUCAAAAGGCAUGAAUGCAAAUAUCUUUGCUGCAGGACAAAAUCAGGCCACGGGGUCAAAGCGACUGUUUCAUAAAGAAAUAUGUGGCGUAUUCCUCAAGCCAGAGAUCUGCAAAGUUUGAUAAAAACGUGAAAAUCUUCGCUUUUUCCCUUUUAUUAUUAUUAUAAAAUUUUUAUUAUUCUGUUACCUCUUUUUUUUAUGACCAGGUGUGCAACAUUUGCUGAGGUUUGGUACAUUAAACGAUUCCACAAAUUUGCAAUUAAUUUGACUGUUAUUUUAAAAGCGUAGAACUGCAUAGGUAAAGAUUGGCGUUUAUUAUCAUUUCCGGUGCCGAGAAUGCAUUACUAUUUUGCCAUUUUGGUCCUUUACAGUAAAUAGUUAUAGAUAAUGGCAGCAAAUAAUAUACGUCCAUCUACCUUCAAUAAUCUGCAUAUGCUGGAAUAUGCUGCACAGGUUCGCUCCGGUUCGAGCCGUAACAUAUUUUAAUAAAACUUUUCCAUAUUCCAGUUUAAAAGUUUGUAGGAAAAAAUAUGACUAGAAUACGUCUCUUGACUAUGAAUAUUCUUUCGAAUCGUUUCGCAAGCGAGUGGGAUCGUUGCUGAAUGGCGAACAGCAGGUGGCGACUGGCGGGGGCUUUAAUCAAACACACAUGCGCUCACACUUCGCCUCCGACGGGGUUUCGAAGCGGCACCAAACUUCACGCAGCAAACGAGCGGAGUUUGGAGCACGGACACCCCAGCCAGAGCAGUCAGCUGCGUGCAGACGGCGGGAGCCGAUCUUCAGUUUAUAGCCUCUGGAAGCAGCCAUCUGGUACUAUUAGUAUAAAGUCUCUGCUUACCACAUAGACGGACGACUCAUAUUCAGAGGAAUGCAACAAAUGGGGGCAAAAAUUAAUUGGAGCUUGAACUUCUUUCGUGGCAUCGUGAUGUUACAGCUUGCUGGUAGGAUGCACAGUACGGCUGGAUCAGACCCGGAGCCUAAUGUCUUGGCCACGUUCUCCUGGAAUGUCUCCAGCGGCAUGGAGAAAGACCACUUCCUCACGCUGGAUUCCCCGAUGAACAACAUUACAGCAUCCCUGGGUCAGACGGCCGAGCUGCACUGCUACGUGUCGGGAAACCCCCCGCCCACCAUCCGCUGGCUGAAGAACGAUGCCCCCGUGGUGCAGGAGCCGCGCCGGGUCUCCUACCGCACCACCGUCUACGGCUCGCGCCUCCGCAUACGCAACCUGGACACUACGGACACCGGCUACUUCCAGUGUGUAGCUACCAACACGUACGACACGGUGUCCACCACUGGGGUGCUCUAUGUCAGAUUCGACCCGAAUAUCAACCCCGUCGCAGGAAGACCACCUCUAGAUGAGGAGGGUUUCUGCCAGCCGUACAGGGGCAUCGCCUGUGCUCGUUUCAUCGGCAACCGCAGCAUCUUUGUGGACUCCUUGCAGAUGCAGGGUGAGAUCGAGACCCAGAUCACAGCGGCCUUCACCAUGAUCGGCACCUCCAACCACCUAUCGGAUCGCUGCUCGCAAUUCGCUAUCCCCUCGCUGUGCCACUUUGCCUUCCCGGCGUGCGACCGGAGCUCGGGGGUGGACAGGCCGCGCGACCUCUGCCGGGACGAGUGCGAGAUCCUGGAGAACGACCUGUGCAAGACGGAGUACAUCAUCGCCCGUUCCAACCCGGUCAUCCUCAAGCGGCUCAAGCUGCCCAACUGCGAGGACCUGCCCGCCUUCGACAGCCCACUGGCGGCUCACUGCAUGAGGAUCGGCAUCCCCAUGCCUGACCCCAUCAACAAGAAUCAUAGGUGUUACAACAGCACAGGUGCAGAUUACCGGGGCACAGUCAGCGUGACCAAGUCGGGUCUCCAGUGCCAGCCGUGGAACUCGCAGUACCCUCACAGUCACAGCUACGUGGCCGUGCGCUACCCCGAGCUAAACGGGGGCCACUCCUACUGCCGUAACCCCGGCAACAAGCAGGCUGCGCCUUGGUGCCUCACCCUGGAUGAGAAUAUACGCAUGGAGCUCUGCGACAUCCCAGUCUGCGACUCCCAGGAGACCCGGGCUGGUGGCAGCGCAGAAAUCACGUACAUCCUGAUCCCGAGUGUGGUCGUCCCACUGGCCGUAAGCCUGCUGCUCUUCUUCAUCUGCGUCUGCCGCAACAGACAGAAGAUGUCAAGCCCCUCAGCCUCGCACCAGCCCAAACCGGUGCGGGAGAUGUCCAUGUUCGGCACCUACAAACCAAAGGGCAAAGCAAAAGAGCUCCCCCUGUCUGCAGUCCGUUUCAUGGAGGAGAUGGGGGAAUGUGCCUUUGGGAACAUAUACAAGGGCCACCUGUACCUGCCGGGAAUGGAGCACGCCCAGCUGGUGGCCAUCAAGACGCUGAAGGACGUGUCGAGCCCAGCGCUGUGGGCCGAGUUCCAGCAGGAGACGGCGUCGGCAGCUGAGCUGCAGCAUCCCAACGUGGUGUGUCUGCUGGGCGUAGUCACGCAGGAGCAGCCCGUCUGCAUGCUCUUCGAGCUGCCCGGCCGGGGCGACCUGCACGAGCUGCUGACCCUGCGCUCGCCGCAUUCCGACGUGGGCUGCGGCAGCGACGAGGACGGCACCGCGCGCUCCGCCCUCGACCACGGCGACUUCCUGCGCCUGGCCAUCCAGGUGGCCGCCGGCAUGGAGUACCUGGCCGGGCGCCUCUACGUCCACAAGGACCUGGCCGCCCGCAAUGUUCUGGUGGGGGAGCAGCUGCACGUCAAGAUCUCUGACUUCGGCCUGUCCCGAGAGACUUACUCCUGCGACUACUACCGGGUCCAGCCCAAGACGCUGCUGCCCGUCCGCUGGAUGUCCCCAGAAGCCAUCGCGUUUGGGAAAUUCUCCACCGACUCGGACAUCUGGGCCUUUGGCGUGCUGCUUUGGGAGAUCUUCAGCUUCGGCCUGCAGCCCUACUAUGGCUUCAGCAACCAGGAGGUGAUGGACAUGAUCCGGAAGCGCCAGCUCUUGUCCCGCCCGGCUGACUGCCCGGCCCACUUCUAUGCCAUGAUGAUUGAGUGCUGGCAGGAGAUUCCUACCCGCCGGUCCCGCUUCAAGGACCUCCACGCACGCCUCCGGGCCUGGGAGGGCCCGCUGGCGUCUCACGCCGGCUCAGCGUCGCCCUCCGAUGGCCACGGCACUACACAGACCACGUCGCUGAGCACCAGCUCAGUUAGCAGUGUGAGUGGGCCCCAGUACACAGGGUACGUGUUCCCAGCUGCGGGCGUCCCGCCGGGACCCAGGUUCAUUCCCGUCAGCAGCUACGCCGUCCCGCCGGGCUACGCUGCUUUCCCCCCUGCCCACCUGCAGACGCGGGGGGGGCCCACCCGUGGCCUGCAGCAUUGCCCGCCUCCAAAAAGCCGCUCUCCCAGCAGCGCCAGCGGUUCCACCAGCACGGGUCACGUGACCAGCGUCCCCUCCACGGGCUCCACCCACGACGCCAAAACUCCCCUGCUGGGCCACUGCGUGCCGCUGUCCGGCCUCGGCGCGGCACACGCUCGGACACACGAGCCAGACGGCUCUGCAGACGGACCUGCGCAGACCUGCCUGACUGCGGAAGGCAACAUGCACACGUAUACCGAAACACACAUCAUCACCGCCAACCUAUAAAUACUUCUGUAGCUAUUCUUAAAAUUGAGUGUUUACCGUUUUUGUAAUAUAACUAGAGCCUGCAUGAAAUUCAGAGACUUAUAUUUGUUUUUUAUGGGUAAGACGAGGAAGAGAUUAAAAAAGAAAUCUAUGUUAUUGCACAAAAACCGGCUGUGAUUCAGUCCUGCUCCAGUCUAAGCUCUUGUGCCAAGCUAGCAAUUUAGAUUUUCUAUGUCCAGGACAAGAUUUUUUUUUUGUUAAACUAGCAUUUAACAAACACACAACGAGCAUUUAACGACAAAAACCUUCUUCGUUGCAUAAGCUGCUCACCUCCGCCCAAACUCAACUUGUUUACAUCAUCAAAGAAUUCAAUAUAUUAUUACAGGCUGACUUAUGAAUACAAUAUUCAGAAAAUGUGUGAAAUAAUUCUGUUUGUUUCUGGUCAUUUUUUUUCUACUUCUCUGGUCUGAGCAGAGCUGCGUCUUAAUUGUUACUGUUAUUAUAUAUUAUUACUGUAUUUCUUGAUUUUUACUUGAUCAGAAAUUGCCAUUGGGUAUAAAAAUUUAAAUAAUUGUCAUUUUUGUUUUCUGUUCCAGGGGGGACACAGUUUGUUUCCAUCCAUCCAUUUGUCACCCAUUUUUUACUUCCUUAGCUUGGCAGGUAACCUUCACUUAGAUAGCAGGCGUGUGCAAUUUGGGAUGUUUCAUUUAAGUCAAAUAGAGAAAUUAAAGAUUUUCUGUUUUUUUUUUUUUCGUCCAGGAUAUUAUUCUAUUAUUAAUAUUAUCCAUUAAAAAAACAAACAAUUCCAAAAGGUUUUAUCUCAGUUAACCUUGUUCUUAGUUCAGUUUUAUAUAACAUAUCUACAUUUCAUGGGGUAUUACAGAUAUUAUAGUCAUUAUAUCAAAAGCAGUUGAAAAAAAAUCUAUUAAAAUAGACUGUGAAUCUCAUUGCCCGUGUUUGUCUUCAGCAUAACUAUUGUACCUUGCUGUGUGUGUGUGUGUGUGUGUGUCUGUCUGUUUUAUUCAGAUUCUAGGGCCACUUGCAAUGAAGAAAAAUAUCGCUCAUAUUUUUCAACAGAUAUUUGUUCCCAUUUCUAUCACAGUAUCGUAGUGCUGAUUGCUCUGCUUAAUUUUGUUGCUCAUCUAAACUAUCGUGUUGACUCUGACGUCGCACUCAGCCCCAGUACUCAAACGUACUGUCACCCAAGUGACCUUAGUACUUUUUCGGGUAAAAGCCAUGUUUACGAUACGCAGCUGUAGUACAAGAAAGGACAUUUUGCUAAUUUAUCUUCGACUUCUAUUUUGUACUGCAUGCAGUUUUAUUCCAUCAUCACUUCACCGACAUUUAAUACCAAACAUUUAACAAAAAGAUCAAGCAACAGUAUCGUUUGGAUCAUAAGUAAUGCAUUUUUAUUUAAUUUAUUUUUUUUGCAUUUAAAAAUUAUUUUAAAAAACUUAGAUUCCACUGCUUUGAAAUACCUUUAUGCAAUCUUGUAGGCUACAGUUUGUUAAAUCAAAAUAAUAAUCAAAAAUCGUAUUGCAUCUGGAUUCUGUAAACAGGGAAUCAGGUAUGGAGGCAUCCUAGAUCAGUAUAACAUCGUCUCCAUCAGAAAUAUUCACUGCAGCUGCAAAUAUGUUAGCACGCAGGUACGUGCAAUCUCCCGCUAACAUGCUAGCCGUUAGCGCGUACAGCUGCAUGCUGGGUUUGCGUUCUUCAGUGCAAGUGACCACAUGUCCAAACCUGUGUGUACUAAUCAUCCAAGCUGCAUAAUUUUUAUACUUUAUUGACCACACGGCCUUGUUUUGUAUUCCUCUGCCUUUGCACAUGUGUUUGCAUGACGAAAAAAUUAAAUGACAUCAUUCUGUGA